AUGUUAAGAUAUACCAAGCACCAGUGGGAGAUCGUUUUUAGAAGUGCAACAUUGGUCCGUGAUAUCGAGCCAAAAUCUAACAGCAGUUUCUUGGAUGCUCCGAGCAUUUCAGAUAUUCAGCAUUUUAUGGUUGAAGAACACGUGUUGACAGAUGUAACCGGAUUGGUAGCUUCCGUUGGAUGUUUGAGAGUGAACAUGGGUGGUUACCAGACGCUGAAGUUCAUUCUUAUCGAUGAAAAUGACUACCUCAUUGAGUGUACUGCAUCUGGUUCUAUUGCUGGUAGAUACUCUGAGUUAUGGCCGGGCAGUGGAAAUAUUACAAGAAUCUGUCUUCUAAGGUUUUGGAGAAUUGAGCAAAGACCGUUAUAUUCCACAGAUGGAACCACGAAUGAUAUGAUCCUUCGAUCUUUUCCGGGUUGUUUCGAGUUCAUUUUUAAUCCAGUUGUACCAGAAGCGGCGGAGUUUAGAGAUAGGUUCCAAACUAUGGCUGAUCAAGGAUCGAUUGUCGACUGA